GGGCAAGUGAAUCAGUGACAUCAUUUAGAUCAUGGUCCGUGGUAUUUUCUGUCUUAAAUACAACGCUGUUUUUAAUAGACAUAGGUUUUUGUGUCUCUUAAAUAAAAAGUAGGACACAUUGUGAACUCCUAUUUUCGACUUAUCCGCUUACCAUUCUGGCAUGGAUAAGGGUUGAAGAAAAUAUUUUUACAAAGGAUACAAUCACAAAGAAAUAAUAAUGUUAAUGAUUUUGGAUAUGAUGUUAGCCUAAGGUUAGUAUAUUUUGGCUUUUGCUUAAUUUUAAACCUUGUUGCGGACAACCGGUGCAUCUACAUAUAAAUUCUUUCAGUGCUCAUGCUUAACAACGAUGGAGAAAACUUGAAAGUUCGAUGAUGAAAGUCGAAACCACGAUGCUGAAAGUCGAAUAUACGAUAAUGAAAAGUUGAAAGUGCGUCGAAAUAGCAAAACUACGACGGUGAAAAGCCGAAGGUACGGUGAUAAAAAGUCGAAAGUAAUAUGGUUAAAUUUCGAAAUAACGAAACCACUAUUAAAAUCAUAUCGAGUUUUGUUUUUGGUUGAGGGAUCUACAAUUGAAAUGUCGAUGUCAUUCAUUAUUUAAACAGAUCACCAAAAUAUGAAAGAGUCACCGUUUAGUAGUGGUUGGAUGCGCUUAAAAGGAAAGAUCCGUCACAAACAUAAAAUAUACGUAUCAAAGUAAUACGAAAGAAGAAAUAAAAAAAAAAACCGAACGCACUGGCCAUUCGUUAAACAUAGAGUAUAACAGUGUAAUUAACAGAUGAACAAGGGCAAAUCUGCAUGGGUUGAGACUACUUUUACAUUUUAAUCAGAUUAUUAAGAGAUAGUGGAGAUUUGUUUAUUUGCACAAAGAUAUAACUCAGUAUACAUGUAUCUCAUAACAACAUAUCUAUAGGGACAUUAACAUUCGUUUGAAACAUGUAAACGGUUCAAAUUUCGAUUGGAUUACAAUAAAAGUUUCACAAAUGACAAAAUGGCGAUGAAGGGCAAGUGUGUAGCAGACGGUAUCUAAAUAAAGGAAAAAGAAAGUUUGAGAACGGACCAACAAUGGAAGUUCCUGGUAAACAAAAACCAAAAAAGACAUUUUCUGUUUCACGGGGCUCUGCUGAGGACUUUUUAUUGUUCUGUAUCCCUUGUGAUAGAGAUGGUGCCCGGGUACCAGCAAAAGGUUAUUGUUCAACCUGCAAAGAACAUCUUUGUGACACUUGUUACAAGCACCACAAGAAACAAACUCCAUCACGUCAUCAUAUUCUUCUAGAUCAAGACUCUAUGCCAACUACACCAAGUGUUCCAAUCGUAAAAGACGAAUUUGAUAGUUGUGAUGAUCAUGAAGACGAAAAACUGAAAUUUUACUGCAAAGUUCAUGACAUCGUUGUUUGCAGUGUUUGUGUAACGCUGAAUCACAGGUUAUGUAAUGUGGAAUACAUACCGAAACUCUCGAAGCAUAUUCUAGACAGUGGAGAACUUAAUGAAAUAAUGGCAGAAAUAAAAGCACUGGAGGAUAGUUAUAAAUCACAUAUAAAGAGAGUAAAAGAUGAGAUGAACGCUAUUUCUCAAAACCACGAUGGCGUAAUAAAGGCGAUUCAUCAUUUCAGAAAAGAAAUAAAUACACGUCUAGAAGAAAUGGAAAAAUAUGUUGUCAAAGAAGCUGACAACAUACUUCUUAAACAACAAACGAAACUUAAUGAUUUAUCAACAGGUGUACAUGAAAUCACAGAUAAACUGACUGUAAAACGUAACCAGCUUGAUAACCUGAUUGAGAGAAAAUGCCUUGAUAAGCUGUUUGUUGAAAUGAAAGAAACAAAGAAACGAGUUGAAGAAAUGAGGAUGAAGCAAAAACAAUAUAGUCGAGUAGAUGUUUUCCAAACUGUAUCAUUUGUCAAAAACAGUGAUAUUGUCGAUAUGUUAGAAAGACACAAUCAACUUGGAAAACUUGUUACAAAGAAAGCAUCCAUGGGUGAAAAUGUUCCAGUGAUGAAACCUACAUCAACACCGUCUGAGGAUAAGACACUAAAUCUUGAGGUUUUUGAAGAUAUAGAUUUGAAUUCUUCAUCGGGAGAAUCAAAAUGUAACAUAACCGGGAUAGAAGUUAUUAAGCCCGACAAGAUAGUUAUUUGUGAUAGGAGCAACAAUACAAAUGUAAAAUUUUAUGAUACAGUUCAGAAAAAAAUCGUUUCAGAGAUAAAACUAGAUAAUUCACCGUUUGAUGUUGCAGCUAUAACGGAUGAUAAGUUUGUCGUUACUGUACCUAACGAAGGAAGUAUUCAUUUCAUGUCGCUAAGAAAUCAACACAUAGUUUCUGAACGUAAGGUAAAUAUCAACGAGAGAUGUUAUGGUAUUGCUUACAGCCAAGAUAAGCUUGUUGUGUCAUGUAAUUAUGAUCCAGGAAAAGUUUUAGUUCUUGACCUACAAGGUAAAAUAUUGCAAAGUUUUUGUGGAGAUAAUAGUCUGUUCUGUUUACCCCAGUAUGUCACCGUGAAUACAGCGGGAACGUCUAUAUAUGUUAGUGACUGUGGUUCUACUGUGAAUGCUGUAAAACAACUAGACUGGCAGGGGAACGUUUUAAAUACCUAUCAACCAGCACAGGGAGCUCCUACACGAGGUAUUUGUAUAUUAGAUCAUGGUACAUUUCUUGUUUGUUUGGAUCAAGAUAGUGACGAUAAUUUGCAGAGAGUAUCAGACAGCUGUAAGCAGUGUAAGAUAACGAUCAUUGGGAAACUUGGUAAAUGGUACCCGGAAGCAGUGGCAUACUGUAAGAAAUCGAGAAGACUUUAUGUGUCUUAUUCUGAAACAGGGCGUCUUAGAUCAAAACAUCGAAUAAAAAUCUUUAAGGUUGACUGGUGUUAAGUUACAUCAUGAUGAAAAGUAUACAUUUAGUUUGAACUUUUACACGUUUCACUGUAACAGUUGAAAGUUUGAUAGAGUUAUUGUUCAAAAUGAUAUUUAUAUGAUAUUUAUGUGAUUAUGUCUAUUGAAAUCAAAAUGGUGGGCUCGAAAAUAUUCUGUCAAUAUUUUUAGUUAAUUAUGUAUAACUAAGAAUAAUAGGUAAAUGUUUUUUACUGAAAUGUAGGUUUUAAGAUAAAUAUUUUAACCGGACUAAGACUGUGAUCUCACAUUGUUAUCAAUUUUUCAAAAGUAAAUACUAUUUUAUAGUUUAAAUAGUCCUAGAUAAAUUUUAUUCGACAGUAUAAAAACAAAUUUAUAAUAAAACAGUCUUAGUAAAUUUUAUUUGGCAGGAUAUGGUUUUAAAAAUGUCAUUAAUUGACUUAUAUAAGUUUUAAUGUUCAUAUUUAUUACAUAUUGGACAAAUAUAUGUUGCUUCUGUAUAAAACAUCCAUUGUUUAAGCCAAUAUAUUAUGUUAAAGAAAACAAAUCGUUGAUAUACUGAAGUUAGUAAUAUUUUGAUAUUGUAAAGUAUCAAGUGUAAAAAAUGACAUACUUUUCAAGGUUAAAUGAUUUAUAAUGGUCAAUUUUUCUUCUUACCAUUUGCAUUUAAACAUUUUAGUAUCGUUUUAUUCAUUGUACCACAAUGUAACUUUCUGUAGGAAAAACAUGCAAUAGUUUGAAUAUAUUGAGGUCAUAUUUUUUUAAAAUACAACUGAUAAUUGUGUAGCUAGGGGGGAAAACUCCUCAGUGCAUAGAACAGUAACUGCUGUGAUAUGGUCUGUGGAGUUGUCUCCCUUAAAGGUAAAAAUAAAUAACCUUCUGUAGGAAAAACAUGCAAUAAGGUCAUAUUUUUUAAAAAACAACUGAUAAUUGUGUAGCUAGGGGGGGGGGGGGAACUCCUCAGUGCAUAAAAAGUAACUGCUGUGAUAUGGUCUGUGGAGUUGUCUCCCUUAGAAGUAAAAGUAAUUCUUAAUUCUUUUAGAAUGGCUUUUCAUGUAUUUUAUGUGUGUGUUUUACGUUUUAUAUGUAAUUUUAUGUAUACAUGUAAAGAUGAGACUGAAAUAAAGAAAUUAUAUAUUUUUUUAGGAAUGAUUUCAGUACAUACUAAGUCUUUAAUAAAUUGUUAAAGACGGUCUGUUAAUUAUGUUUGCCAAUCGAAUAGAAUUUUUAUUUAUGGCACGUCCAUUUAGUGAUUGAUUUAAAUUCCGGAAGAGUUAUGUUGAAUAUAAUAAAUAAUUUCCCACUUCA